UUAUGGAUAAAAUAUUGCGCUGUUUUUGGCCUAAAUGUGAUUAUAAGACUAAAUAUAAACACCAUUUGAAUGCUCACCAAUUGGUUCACUCAGAUUUGAGACCAUUUAAAUGUGAUUUUGAUAAUUGUAAUAAAAGUUUUAAAAGUGAAUUAAAAUUAAAUAACCACAAUAAUCAUGUUCACAUAAAGAGAUUUGUAUGUGAUUGCAGUGAAUGUGGUAAAGUGCUUAAAUCAAAAUCAAAUUUAAUUAGACAUAAAGUGCUCGUUCAUUCAUAUCCUGAUAAAAGUCAUACUUAUUUUAACUGUUUUUGGCCUAAAUGUCAAUUCAAAACAACAACCGAAUCAAUGCUAAUAACACAUCAAUUAAAACAUUCAGAUAUAAAACAAUUUAAGUGUGAUUUUAAUAAUUGUAAUAAAUUAUACAAAUAUAAGCAUCAUUUAGAUAGACAUCAAAAUAGCACUCAUUUUAAUAAGAAAUAUGUUUGCGAUUUCAAUGAGUGCUAUAAAACAUUUACAGAAAAUAAAAGCUUAAUUCGACACAAAAAUAGGGUUCACUUGAAUGAAAGAAAAUUCAAAUGCAAUGAAGAAAAUUGUGACAAAAUAUUUAAGUCAAAGCAAACUCUUUUACGUCACAAAAGCUGUCAUUUGGGAGAAAAGACAUUUCACUGUUAUUUCAAAGGUUGUAUAGAAAGUUUCAAAUAUCGUUCACAACUAUCUAAACACAGCAAUAAUGUUCAUAACAUAGACAUACCAUUUGUGUGCGGUUUCAGUGAAUGUGAUAAAGUGUAUAAAUCUAAAUACAAUUUAAUUAGACAUAACCUCACUGUCCAUUCAUACCUGGAUAAAAAUAAUGUCUAUUUUCAAUGUUUUUGGCCUAAAUGUCAAUUCAAAGCUAUAACCAAAUCAAUGCUAAAAGAGCAUCAAUUAAAACAUUCAGCGAUAAAACAAUUUAAAUGUGAUUUUGAUAAUUGCAAUAAAAAAUAUGUUUGCGAUUUCAAUGAAUGCUAUAAAACUUUUACAGAAAAUAAAAGUUUAAUUCGACACAAAAAUAGUGUUCAUUUGAAUAAAAGAAAAUUCAAAUGCAAUGAACAAAAUUGUGACAAAAUAUUUCAGUCAAAGCAACAUCUUUUACACCACAGACGCUGUCAUUCGGGAGAAAAGCCAUUUCACUGUCAUUUCAAUGGUUGUAAUAAAAGUUUUGCUUAUAAACAACAUUUUAAAGUUCAUAAGAAUAGACAUUUGGAUAUAAAAAACCAUAAAUGCUAUUACGAUAACUGUAGUCAACAGUUUGUUACACGUAGCGAAUUAAAGCGCCAUAUAAUGCGUGUACAUAGAUGGAUCCUUAGGCUAAACGACUGUCCGGACAGUUGUGUUGAUAACACAGACGCCGACGAGAAAAGGACGGGUUUAGACAAAAUCGUUGAGUCCCUGUCUUUGGCCGACUAUUUCAAGUGUCGUAUUUGUCUGCAAGUGUUGAACAAGACGUUAGUCACUCGAUGUGGACAUACCUUCUGUCACGAGUGUCUCAAUGAAUGGCUCUCAAGAUCGCAGACAACCAAAGAGUGUUUUGAAUGUCGACAACCGUUGGCCACAAGAAAGAGGGCCCGAAAUCAAACAAUCAGUGAUAAUGAGGCCAUUAUCGGAGGCAAUGAUUUUGUAAAUAGCAAUCCUCUCAUCGAUGAAAUUAUCGGUAAAUUGAAGAUCAGAUGUGAUUACGAGUGGAACGGAUGUCCAGAAGUGUGUCCAUUGGAGUCGUUGUCCACUCAUCUCAAGACAUGUCAACACAAAUUGUGUCAAACAUGUGGUCUAUCUGUGGGUCUCGUAAAGGAUGACCACAACUGUAUUGAAGGCCUGAAGACAGACCGAAAUGAAUGGCAAACAAAAUGCAAUGAAAAGGAUAGAGAAUUUGAUAUAAAAACUAAAGAAAUGGAAACAAAAAUCAAAGAAUUGGAGACAAAACUUGAAAAAUGUGAAAAAAAGUCACGACAUUUAGAAAUGAAAUACAAACAAAGUAUUUCUGGCGCUUUGCAUAAAGAAUUGGUUCAGAAAUGUAAGGAUUUGGAGACUUCAGCGAAGACAUCAACAGUUGUGGCAAAACAAGAGAUUCCUUUAGCAGUGAUUCCCAAAAGUUUAUUCUUUGGUAAAUACGAGACAAAUGUCGGGUCCAUUGAAUUCCAGAAAUACGAUCGCAGCUUAAGGUGUAUUAUCAUUGAAUUGAGAGACGUAUUGAAUGAGACAUUUGUUUCACAAUUGUAUAAGAAAUGUGUGGCAAAUAAUAAUGUCAACGUUAAAUACGAGAUCAUAAGCCCAGACACUGCACAACUCAUGCUAGAGAAGGCCAAGAAUGGCAUCAAU